GCGGAAGCAGAGCGUCAGUCGGUCUGCUGGCACACCGAGCGGUUGCAGCGGCUUCUUCUUCUGCUCCUUUAUUCUUCACAGGUAUCUCACGUCCUUCCUCACCAGAACAAGUCACCUGGAUUAAAAAGUAAAUAAAAACACAACAAAAAAACAAAGAAAAGAAGAAAAAAACCCAAUCUUUUUUCUUUCGACGUGCAUGAGAGGUGGAAGGAGAGCAGCUACAACAGAAGAGACAUGGGAGCGUUCAGAGUGCUGCUGGGGAGUUUACAUUACAUGGGACUCUACAUGCAACUUAGUGUCUCCACGAGGCAAGCUGGACACGGCGAGGUGGAGAACCACAUCUCUGGGAACGCCAUGUUCACAGAGGUGCCUCAUGAUAUGACUGCUCAGAAGGGUCAGGAUGUGGAGAUGGCGUGCUCCUUCAGAGGGGCGGGGACGCCCUCGUAUUCACUGGAGAUCCAGUGGUGGUACAUCAGGAACCAUCUUGACUGGACGGACAGACAACCCUGGACCACCAAUGAAGUGGCUCCUGAGGAGGAGAUGCCAAAGGAUGCUACAAAGAUAAGUGUUGUGAAGGUUGUAGGAAGCAACAUCUCGCAUAAACUCCGCCUCUCCCGGGUCAAGCCGUCUGACGAGGGCACCUACGAGUGCCACGUUAUCGACUUCAGCGACGCCGCGGGUGCCCGCCACCACCGCGUCAGGGCCUACCUGCAGGUGGUGCCAGAGAGCGACAUCCCCACCAGCAACCGCAACGACAACUUCGAGGCCCUGGACGACACCAAGGGCGACGACGCCGAGUCUCACGCCGGCGCCAAAGAGCACGCCCACGGCCAUCACCAGAACCACGGGCACCACCAGGAGAAGGGCAAGCGGCCCUCGUCACCGGCCCACCACGGCCACAGCCACAGCGGCAGCAGUCAGCAGCAGAAGGCGGGCAGAGAGCUGAGGAAGAGGGACGCGGACAGUAACCGCAAUGACUGCACCAACGAGCCGAGCUGCGCGCCGUAGACGCUGGCUCAUUACACCCGAGUGAUAGAUUACGCGAGGAUUGCGUAACGUGACGCGUGUCACAGCAUGAAAAGCUAUUCUUCCCACACAGCUCCAAAUCGAGAAUCUCUAGAAAUGUACAGUGUAGGGCUUGUUCAGAGCACGGUGCUGUAAAAUGUGCUGGGAAAUGUAGCUUUUUCCUGCUGUGCGUGGGUCUGUCAGUAAAGGCUUGCUUUACGACAUUCAGCAGGGGGUGUGGGGUGGGGGGGGGGGGGGGUCACUUGUCUUGCUAUUUACCCAUGUUCCACUCUUGUACUUUAGAUACUGUAAAUGACAACCCUGCUUUCAGGCUCAUACUUCUUCCACUGCCUUACUCUCUCAUUUGAUACACACUCAGUAUAUUCGACUUUUUGUAACUGGGUCUGUGCCCCAGUGCGAGCAAGUUCCUUUUAUUCUGAGGGUGCACUGAGUGACAUCAAACCAGUCAGUAAUUCUUCCCUGGAAAUCUUGUCGGAGAUUGCAAAAUCUGUGUGCAUCCGAAAUUCAGCAAUUUAUUCUGUGUUUACUCCCGGAGGGGGGGGGGGGAGAAAACAUGCUUCCUUCAGCAGAAACUCAUCAAGGACAGAUACGGCCUCAAUUCAUUCGUGUUGGAGUAAACACAGUGGCAAAAACAAAAAAUCCCAGUGUGGGAUUUUUUGUUUCCCCACAUUUGUGCGCAAUUCAAACAGAGCACAUCACAGGCUGUGUUUUCACCCCACCUGUUUUGGAAAGCCAUGAAAGAAUCAAAAUCUGUGCCACUAAAAGAAUCUGGCGUGCCUCUGAAUCCACUCUGCGACAAGAAAUCUACGGGAGAAAUGUGAUCUUGGUGCAAGAUACUUUUUUGGAAGAGUAGUGCUGUAGUCCUAUCCCAGCUUUAGUUCCCUUAUUCCGAUGCUCCGGCCCAGCGCUCAAUCAUUUAACAAGCCUCAAUCCUCUCCACUACAAGCCUCUAAUCCGCUCUGUAUAUAUGACUGUAUAAUGUGAAAUAAAGUGCAUGUUCAGACAUUUUCUUAAAAACUUUUUCAACCAACCAUACACAAAGACAGUGUGUUAGUUAACAUUUGUUUUCAUUUAUUUGUUUGGUUCAUUUAAAAAAAAAAAAAAAGUUCUGAAUCUUAAUUUCUUUUUUGGAAGUCUUGUCCAAUAGAAAUUUUAUUUACUCAGCAGCUUUCAGUUGCUUUACUGCUCUCCAGAAGUGCUGUACAGACAGAUGAAUGACAUGUUCUCUUCAUAGCUGCUCAGAAAGGGGUUUCCCUUUAUGUAUCUUAGUACUUAAGCAGUGUUUCUCAAAACUACUGUGCUGUAUGUGCAGGGCUGCAAACAUGAGUGUUGCCGUGUUUUAAUGAGCUUUGAACAUAGGAUUCAUUUUGUGCAGUUUGGGACUGGGUGUGUGUGGGGGCGGGGGGGGGGGUCUGAGAGGAUGUGAGAGGCUAUUUCACCUCUGUCAAUUUUGUAACUCGAUGAGGAUCUCUUGGUUUAGAUGCUUGCGUGAAGUGCAGGGCAACGCUUCGCUCUGAGGGGAUCUAAUGGGACAAGGUGAAUGGGGGUCACGUUGUGGAUAAAGGCCCCGGGCAGCGAGGGGCGAGAAGUAGGAGGAAAAUGUUGUUAGUGAAACACUGAAAUUGUCUGUUCACACUGCCUCAAAAUACAGCCUGUGUCUCAAGGCCAUGCGGGGGCUGUACUUCUCCGCUGUGUUAUCCAUCAGACGAACUGCAGCGCUCCUGUUAUCGUUGCCCGGUGGACUGGCAGGAUGCUUUACUAACAGGGGAGUCAUCAGUGGGAUUGUUUUUUUUUUUUUUUCAAUAAGUAACUUUGAUUUGAUGUUUUGUAAAGAACAGAUCACUGUAAAAAAAAAAAAAAAUACUAAAAAAAAGAGGUAUAAUGUACAUUUCUUCUAGAAUGUUCGGUCUCACACUAAGUGUAUGGCUUUAUCAAAUGAAAUAAAUUGUAUAUGAAA